AUGAAUAGUCUCUGGGCCUGGGUGUUCAGAAUCUCGCUGACCUACAUAAGUAUCUAUAAGUAUCACAACCAUGAUCUUCCUUCAACUGCCACCAUGCUGGUCGUUGGACUGACAGGUGGCAUUGCGACUGGCAAAUCCACGGUCUCUGGGAUUCUUAAGGCGUCCAAAAUACCCGUAGUCGACGCGGAUGUUAUCGCGCGUCAGGUCGUCGAGCCUGGGACACCUACUCUCACAAAGAUCGUGAAGACCUUUGGGAACGACGUUCUGUUGCAAGAUGGCUCUCUAGACCGGAAGAAGCUUGGGAGCAUCAUCUUUGGCGACGAGGCGAAGAGGAAGCAGCUUAACCGGAUCGUGCAUCCUGCCGUCCGGAAGGCCAUGUUCUGGCAAAUGUUGGGUUAUUGGAUACGUGGCCACAAGUAUUGCGUCAUGGACGUGCCGCUACUGAUCGAAGGUGGGCUCUGGCAUUCUGAAGAGUUGCAAUUACAACGGCUCAUGCAGCGCGAUAGCUCGUCAAGAGAAGACGCCUCAGCACGCUUCAAUUCACAGCUGCCUAUAUCUCAGAAGGUCGCAUAUGCAGAUUUUGUCAUCGACAAUUCCGGUUCGAAGCAAGAGCUUACGGCCCAUGUCGAGUCACUGAUACGACGACUGGAAGCUCGCGCAGGCUGGACAUGGCGGGUUAGCUGGCUCCUACCCCCCAUAGGCAUCAUAUCGGCGUGCCUAACGCUGCUAUGGAGGAGGUUAGGAUGGAAGCGCACGACGGAACGUCGUGGCUCGCGGUGA